CUACUCACAACUCUCCUCGCCGUGGCCGGCAUCCUCACUCCCCACGUCCAAGCCGCAGAGGCUACAGACAUGGGCGCUGCUGCUUUCUUAUGGCCACCAGAUAGAGCAUGGGGAGCUGUGCAAGACACCACUGCGCCGUGUGGUUCAUCGGCUGGCGUUACGAAUCGGACGGAGUUUCCACUGACAAACGGCGCCGUCUCUCUAGUCCUCCAGACAGAAUCAUAUACAGUCAAUCUAGCAGUCUCCUACGAAGACGACCCUACAAGCAACUCCGACUUCACAACGAUAGUAUCCGGAUCCGCCUUCCCCGACCUCGACCCAGGCCACGAAUGCUACUCCGUGCCAAACCCGCCAUCAAACAUCACCUCCGGUGCAAACGCAACUCUGCAGCUGGAGUACGUUUCUGAUUUCGACAAUGAUGGGAAUGAGACGUACUAUGCCUGCGCGGAUAUCACAUAUGUUGAUCUGAGCGAGUUCACGACGAGUAUUCCGUGUUUUAAUGUUACGGAGGAUGAUACAUCGUCGUCGUCGUCGACGUCGGCGUCUACUGCGUCAUCAACGGCUACUAGUGAUAGUAGCUCGGGUGGAUCAAGUCUCUCGAAAGGUGCCAUCGCGGGUAUCGUGGUGGGAAGUGUCGUCGGUGCAGCGUUGAUCGGGGCAGCAUUGUUCUUUGGGGGACGGUACUGGCAGAAACGAGUUGAUCAUGAACAUGCCGUGGCGUUGAGGAUGAUGAAUCCGGAUUCUGUGCAGAAGACGUGGUCUGCUUCGACGGCUGGGCCGCAGAGG